CACCUCUUUCUCACUCUCCUCUCCAGCCCUUAUCUCCUCUUCUACGAAAAUCCCCCCUCGUUCCAGUUUUUCUAAUCCUCCGCCUCUCCUUAGUAAUAACAACCUCUCAUUUCUAAAUUUUUCUUUUCUUUUUGUUGUUAUAGAAGACGGGAAGACAACAUCGACAGAACCAGACUCGGCCAUUCGUUUCCAUUUCCAUCAAGUGUUUAAGAAAGCCGUGGUCAUGUCAUUGCAAAUCAAAGGAACUGAGAUCAUGGUCAAUGGAUGCCGCCUCUGUACUACUCCUCUUCUUAAUUGCAAUGCGACAAACGUAAAAUAUUUCAAGCUUCAUUUUUUGAAAGCGAUGAUCAAAGUCAAAGUGGAUGACAAUAUUAACUGAUGGAAUGGUAGAUGCUAAGGUAUCAACUGAUCAAAGUCAAAGACUGAUGAUGUCAACCGAGAGAUUGAAUCAGUCUAGUGAUAGCAUAAGAGAAGCCCGCAAAGUGAUGUUGCAAACUCAAUAGCUCGGGGUUUCAAUCCUUCACGAUUUGCACCAGCAACGCCAAUCUCUUCUUCAUGCUCAUAAUACACUCCAUGGAGUGGAUGACAAUAUUAGCAGAAGCAAGAAGAUUAGACAAACAUGUCAAUAUUGAUUGUUUACUUUAAGUUUGGGACAUUAGUCAAAUUCCCAGGUUUUUGUGUGUACAACCUUUUGGUGUGUGUUUGAAACCAGAAAGCGUG